GCAUAAACGCUUGAUUGUUCUUAGCUAUGCAUACUUCUCGCGCUUCUACUCUCCCCCCAUCUCCUCUCUUCUCUCACUCCAUCUCUACAAUCCGAAAAUCCAUCGGUUUUCAUCACCGUCCAUCGUCCGGGGGUUCUACAUUCCCUCAUUCCAUUUCAUCCAGACCAGUCACUCUGAUGGCCCAUCCCUGAGCCUGUCAUUAUCUGUUUGAAUUGCUUGAACUGUUCAUUUUAAUCUCACUGACAAUAAUUCUAUACUCAAGAUGCUCGACAAUACAGGCAAACCACCACGCGAGCACCUUCCCCUCUAUCGCUUUGUUCUUUCGCAGACAACCAUCACGGACUCGGUCCUGAAGCAUCGAUGGGAGGGUGAAGGCACUGAAGAGAGUCCCUACCUGGUGGAAUGGCUGCCCGAGGACCCUCGCGAUCCCCAUCAGAUGCGGGACUGGAUGAAAUGGUCGAUUACCCUUCUCCAAGCUGCCUCCUUUCUGUCCAUCACUUUUGCAUCCUCCGCGCUGUCGGCAGCCAAUCCACAAAUCAAAGAGGAGUUCGGGGCUAGCGAUACCUUGAUCAUUGCGGAUACCUCGUUGUUUGUGCUUGCGUUCGCUAUCGGACCCGCCAUCUGGGCGCCGCUCUCGGAGUUAUACGGUCGCCAGAUCAUAUACUUCGUGACCUACGGUCUGACGACCCUGUUUGCGGGAGUCACGAUUGCGAGUCCCAACAUAGGCGCGUUGCUGGUCUUCCGUUUCUUCGCCGGUGCUUUUGGCGCCUCGGCGGUUUCGAAUGCGGGAGGCGUUGUCUCCGACAUGUAUACGGCGCGCGACAGAGGACUGGCUACAAUUGCGUUUAUUGGGGCACCAUUCUUGGGUCCGAGCUUGGGUCCCAUCACUUGUGACUUUUUGGCCGUCUCGAAAGGGUGGAGAUGGGUGCAGGGAUUGACGACCAUUUUCAACGGGGUCGUGUUCCUGGUCGGAAUCUGUUUCAUCCCAGAAACCUAUUCCCCCCUUCUCUUGAAGAAACGCGCAGCGAAAUUAAGCAAGCUGACUGGAAAGGCUUAUAGAAGUCGAUUGGAGAACUCGCAGCAGAGCGCUUCCGCCACUUUCACAAAGACCAUGGUGCGUCCCUGGAUAUUAUUGUUCUUGGAACCAAUCGUGAUGCUUUUGAGCAUCUAUAUGGCCAUUAUUUAUGGCACCAUGUACAUGGAAUUUGCCGCAUUUCCGAUCGUAUUCGAACAGGAUCGCCAAUGGCCGCAAAGCACCUCUGGACUGUCGUUUGUCGGCAUGAUGAUUGGCCAAAUCCUGGGCUGUGCAUAUUCGACUCUGGACGACGUUCGAUAUAAGGAGUUCGCCGAUCGCACUCCUUAUGGUCGGCCUCCCCCCGAAGCGCGUCUGAUCCCCUCCAUGGUAGGGGCGGUCACUCUCCCGAUUGGAUUGUUUUGGUUCGCUUGGACCAACUACCGCAGUAUUCAUUGGAUCGUGUGUCAGAUCGGCACGGUGUUCUUUGGCUUUUCCCACGUCUCGAUCUUCCUUAGCGUGGUGAAUUACCUGGUGGAUGGCUAUACCUUCUACGCCGCCUCGGCGCUUGCGGCAAACGCAGUCAUCCGUGCCCUUUUCGGAGCGGCCUUUCCCCUCUUCACGACCCCAAUGUACAAUAACCUGGGAAUUCACUGGGCCUCCUCCAUCUCCGCAUUCUUGGCGGUCGCAUGUCUCCCGUUUCCAUGGUUGUUCUAUAAGUUCGGUCCUGCAAUUCGACGUCAUUGUCGAUAUGCGGCUGAAUCUGCCCGCAAAUUGGAUGAAAUGAACGACCGGAUGAGAGAAAUAGCCGAGCACAAUAGGCUCUGUUCUGAACCCGGUGAUCAAAAAGAGACUUUCUCUGUCAAACAGUCUGCUUAAACGAUUCUGCCUAGUCGUUUUAUUUCCUCCGGCGGGGAAAUCCUCCCCAACAACAAAAUUAGCGGAAUUGGCUGCUUGGACUCAACGUUAGCAUUCGUUGGCAUAGCAAACGAUUACUGCGGUUCUAUUCCGGCAUCUUCUCCGGAACUAUACACACUUAAUAUUUCGUGAAUGUGAUACAUACUUCUUGGCUCACAAUCGU